CCAGGUCGGUUCAAAAUUCUCCCCAAUUUCUAAAACCCUGCGCAAAAACCACGAAUGAAAAUCCUUUCUUCUUCGUCCCAACCCUCCCCAAAACCCUUUCCUAUCCCACAAUGCUCUCUCGUCUCCUCCCCAAGCCUUCCCAUUUGCGUCUAUUACCCCUACUUUCCGCCAAAUUCCAACCAUAUCCCUCCUUCCCUCAACCCCCUCCAGUUUCUCCCCUCCGUUUCCUCUCAACCAAUCAAAACAACAACAAUAACAAAGAUCAAUCAUUUUCCGAUUCGUGGAAAUUUUCCCAAGAAAGUGACGGAAAAAUCGGUAAUGUCUUCUCCGAUGAGUCUGGAAACACCGCCUCCGGUGAGGAAGACGGUGGUACUGGAAGGAAGAGUGGGGAAGAGGAUUGGUUGGUUCGAGAGGAAGAUAAAGCAUGGAGCUUUGAGGAGGAAGAGGAAGAUGAUAGCGUGUUUACCUUAAAAGAAGGUGUACCAGAAUUUGGUGAAACGGGAGGUGAAUCUAGUAUUGCCCUGAGUGGUGAAGCGGUUGAGGAGCAGGAGAAGCUUGAAGAAGAAGAGAAACAGCUCACUGCCGUACUCAAAGGUCCCAAUCGUGCAUUUGGUGACCUUAUUGCAGCAUCUGGUAUCACAGAUGCGAUGCUUGACAGUUUGAUUGCACUAAAGGACUUGGAAGGGGUUGACGGAUUGCCACCUUUAAGUGUUAUAGAAGAUAUGCGUUAUCAAAAGAAUACAAGGAAAUCCACAAGAGCUGAAAUAGAACGUCAGAAGCUGGAGGAAAUUGCCAAAGCAAGAGUAAGGCAAGUAGAUGAUAAAGGAAGAGCUUAUGGGACUGGGAGAAGAAAAUGUAGUAUAGCCCGUGUUUGGGUUCAACCUGGUGAUGGAAAAUUUAUUAUAAAUGACAAACAAUUUGAUGUCUAUUUCCCAAUGCUUGAUCACCGUGCCACUCUUCUGCGGCCAUUCUCAGAGACCAAGACCUUGGGCCUUUGGGAUAUCAACUGCACUGUUAAAGGUGGUGGUGUUUCUGGUCAAGUGGGAGCAAUUCGGUUGGGAAUCAGUAGGGCAUUGCAAAACUUUGAGCCAGAGCUACGUCCUCCACUCAGAGCUGCUGGUUUCUUGACAAGGGAUCCACGUGUGGUGGAAAGGAAGAAACCAGGGAAGGCAAAAGCAAGGAAGAGCUUUCAAUGGGUCAAGCGUUGAUCAAUUCAUUGCCAGCCUGUUUUUCUUUGCUCAGUUGUUUCUCAAGGAGUUCUUUUUUAAUUGGAUGAAAAGGAAACCUUAAUUUUGCCAUGUUGCAACAAUUUCUAUCAUUCAUAAUAAGGAUUGGUGUUUGUUUUGUAAUGUAGCUUGUAGUCUAGCUUUCCCAACUUGAGUAGCAGCAGAGAUAAGAAGAUUUUGUUGACCAAGAAAUAUGUUUGAGAUAUCGCCACCAUAACAUAGGAGGAAUAGGCCCUUUCUAUUGGUACGUCAUGUUCUUCUAUAUGUACGCUAUUAUUUCAGAUGUCAUUCGCUGGGUUUUUCCAAAAAUUUUCACCUAUGCCAACAAUUGGAAACUUCAUUCUUUUCUUUUUUUU